GACGCGUCGCAUCGCCAGUCCCUUCUGGUGCGCGCGUAGGAGAGUGUCUCUCUCUCGCGCGGCUGCGAGAGAGACAGAACGGCCCCAUUGAUCUCGCCGUCUCGAGAGAAACCGUUCCUCGCGAUCACCGUGCAACACGAUCAUCGUCGUCGAGUCACCGACGUAUCACCGGAGGACAAUCCGCGGUUGUUACGCGCGAGUUUGAGGUGGAGGAAUCCGCGAGGGUCUUCUCCGUCGCAGAGGGAAACUCUUCUCUCUCUCUCUCUCUUUCCAUCGUGUUUCCCGGUGAUCGGCCUAUCUCUCACCCGGUAUACGCCGCCUUGCCGGAGUGAAUCAGCCGAGAAAAGACCACCACUCGGCUGCGUGAAGGAUCUUUCGGCACACCCGUUGUACACGAAGGCGCGGCACCCGAAAGACCAGCAGCCGCUAGUCGAAUCUUACUCGCGGAUCAGCCGUCUGAAGCACGUCAAGGCUGAGAGGAAGGAAGGAAAGAUUGAGCCCUCUCGAGUCACCCGAAGAUCGCUUCGUGGUGUAACGAAGAUCACAACAAUUCACGAUCGUCGACACGGUGGACAAAGUGAUAAAAGAGCAAGCUCCGCGACGACAAGGUGGCUCACCCUGUGACCCUGUUAUCCGUUCGAGAAGGUGGGAAUUCGGUGGAGGCGGUUUCGGUGACAUUUUCGAGAAGCGAGUAGAGAGUGAGUGUGUGCGAGGGAGAGAGAGCGCCGCGACGAGAGGCGUCGAUGGGGGUUCAAGGAGAGCGAGGGAGACGCUCGUUAAGGCGCCUCUAAUAAUAGCGACGCGCUCGCGAGUGUACCAAGCGAUCUAUAAAUACGAUCUCUGCCCCGUGGAAACACGAGCCCGUGGAUUUCACGGUGCAACCUGUGCCGCGACAGUGAAAGAGAAACGACACGGAGGAAGCAGCGCUCGAUUCGCGAUCGGACCUCGCGCGAGCGUGUAUCAACGACUGCGAAUUAAUCCAGCGAAAGUGCUCGCAACGGGAGCGGGAAUGACAUAACACGCUCGUGUGCGUGUAGCGAGGUUCCGAGAGAGAAGCGUUCCGGUGGUGAGAUCGUGCCAAGACGAGAGAGUCAACACGGAGACGAAGAUUGCGCGGAGUGAGUCGAACCUGUCGCGCUGUGAUCGCCGAGCUUGCAUCGUGAAGCGACAAUCUUCCCGGUCGAAUCGCGCUCAAGUUUGAGCAACCGACAAGGCCCAGCGACGCGUUGGAAUCGCGUCACUUUUUUCUGAUCGUUAGGCGCGUGUCAGACGUCGCAAGGACGAAUCAGUGGGACCAAACGCGAAUUAGAUCGCAAGAAUCUGCGAAUCGCGCUUUCGCCGACCGUCGGGGACGAGAAACAGAUCGCAGGGAACUGAGCUCGGUAAGGUCUCGCUGUUACGUGCUCUCCGGGGAGUUGAGCCGUGCGUGUUUUCCAGCCGCGACGUUCUCUGCUCCGGUCAGCUGGCGCGAUACAGAAAUAUCCCGCGCCCCGAGGAGUGAGAAUAUUUUUCCACGCGUGCCUCUCUCCGGUCGGAUGACAACAGUGGGCGAGGAUCGUCGACUCGCCGAUCAGACGUCCGGGUGCGAAAAGGCCGCGAGUCGAUAAAAGGGCCUCAUCGACGACUCAUAGACGCCUCAUCGACAGACUCUCGGCCAUAGCGAUACGCCGCGGACGGAAUGCGGAGCGGUACUCGUAAUCUUCUUUCGUCUCGUAUUACACGCUACGCUACAGUGCAAUCUGCGAGUACAUAUCAAAGUCUUUAAAUUACUCCGACGCAAUUCCGCCGGUGACUGUGAUCCUCGCGAGUCGGCGAGUGCCGUUCGAGUUACAUCUACGUAAGGCCGAGUGCGUUUGCAGAAAAACCGACCGGAACCCUGAGCUAUUAUCGUUGUUGUUUCUCUCGCAGACCUCGCAGCACCACGCCGCGUCUGCCCGGGUCACGUGUCGUCAUUGAGACCUCGUCGUAAAAAGCUUGUAGGCGAGCAACGAAGGAAAACACUCAGGACCAGCCAACCAUCUGAAUCGACUCUCCACGGCUCAUCGUGGCCCUCCAUGACCGCGAUCCUGCUUUUACAGACACCCCCAUAAAAGAAGGAAGCUCAGGCGUUGCCUAAGGAAACUCGCCGCUGACCCACAUCGGCCCCGUCAAACGCUUCCGCCGGCUCCGCAUCAAAGAUCCACCUAGACCAUGUCGCCGGCCGGGCGCGCCGAGGUGUCUCAGUGAUCCCACGGAGGAUCCGACAGCGUGGAAAAUGAGCGGCGAGUGAGCGGAAGUGGCGGAGGUGGUGGAGGAGAGAUCCUCGGAACGGCGUGGCCGUCGGAUCGAGGUUCCGUGACGCGGCUGACGCGGUCCAUCCGGUCGCAUAGGCGCGGGGAAGACGGUCCCGUCACCACCACGGUGGAGAGCGGCGGUGGCGUGCGGGGGGUCGUUGUGGACCCCGGAGAUGACGCCAUGAUGGCCUACGGCGGCACCGCUGGCAACGGGGGUGCGAUGGGCCCGUCGUCCGGCGGCGCGGACGUCUUGGGCUCCGCGGGGGAUUACAGCCCCCAGAGUACGCCCACGCCCUUGACGGGACACUCGUCGGGCUCGGUGGAGAAUGCCUAUACGCCCGGUACGACCGGAGCGGCCAGCUACAGUCCGCAGGAUAGCCCGGCGAGCUCCGCCGGCGGCAGCGGCAAUGGCCAGCUGCCGAGCUUCGGCUUCACGCAGGAGCAGGUCGCGUGUGUCUGCGAGGCGAUGGUGUCGAAUGUCCAGGUUCUCCAGCAGGCAGGCUCCGUGGAGAGGCUCAGCAGAUUCCUCUGGUCUCUGCCGGCGUGCACCAGGUUGCACCGGCAUGAGAGCGUGCUCAAGGCCAAGGCGAUCGUCGCCUUCCACCGGGGCCAAUUCAAGGAGCUCUACAGGAUCCUGGAGAGCCAUACCUUCAGCCCGAACAAUCAUCCCAAGUUGCAGGCCCUCUGGCUUAAGGCCCACUACAUCGAGGCCGAGAGGCUGCGGGGAAGGCCUCUCGGCGCAGUCGGAAAAUACCGGGUGCGUCGUAAGUUUCCCUUGCCGCGCACGAUCUGGGACGGCGAGGAGACGUCCUAUUGCUUCAAGGAGAAGUCCAGGAGCGUCCUAAGGGAUUGGUACGCCACCAAUCCGUACCCGUCGCCGCGUGAAAAGCGAGAAUUGGCGGAGAGCACUGGCCUCACCACCACGCAGGUCAGCAACUGGUUCAAAAACCGAAGGCAGAGAGAUCGCGCCGCUGAGCAUAGUGGCCAGAGGGAAGAUAAGGCCCACGGCGGGGGCCUCGGGGACUCCAGCAGCGAGAGCGGCGACGAAACCAAGCGGCAGUCCGGCCAACAGCAGCAACAACAACAGCAGCCGCCGUCCUCUUGCGCUGUUCAACAACAGCAACAACAGAUGGUGGACCAUCAGCAAACCUCUGGCAUGUACCAGCUUCCGCCUCCGGUCUCGGUGUCCAGUCCGCACUCGUAUCACCAGGGUCACAGCUCGACCCUGAGCCACCCGCACAUGCAGCACCACGACACGAGCAGCGAAAGCGGCGAUGACAAGAGGAAUCUCCAUCAUCAGCUGCAGCAUCAUCUUCAGGUCGGCGCUCACGGUACCCACGGCCUGGUUCAUCCCACCGCCACCUUACCGCCACCACCGCCCAGCUGCGCUCAGCAGAAGAGCCAGCUGGAUUACAUGCAGUACUACAGUCCACAGAUACGUGUGUGUCUUCUCGCGACACGUCGAGACGGAUCGCAGGAGUGCGAAGAUCGCCGUUUUCUGUCGCAGGACUACCUGAUCGGCACGCCGACCUCCGCGGAUCUGCAGAAGUCCUUGCCGCAUACGGCGACGUCGAUGCAAAUGGGCGCGAUCGCGCCCUCAAUGGGCGGGCUGAGCCCGAUGGGCCCCUCGACGAUGCUGUCCAACACCAUGCAGGGCGUCAACACCAUGAACACCAUGUCGAUGAACGGCAUGGGCAUGGGCGCCUACCAGAGCAUGGGCUCGAUGGGGAUGUCCACGACGCACGCGACUUACCACAGCGGCCUCGUGCUGGGCGAGUACCAUUCCUUGUGACCUUGGGCCCCAAGCACUCAGAGCAAGCGGAGCCAGGAGAAGACUUAAUGAACCCGGCGGGCGACGCGCGAGACCGAUCGAUCCAGGUACUCGAACGACCUGUUGGCCCGCGGAUCGCCAAGGAACUGUCGUCACCGAGCGGGAGGACGAAAAGGUUCGCCGGUAUUUCGGUCAGUUCGAGUUAGCGCGGAAUUACGGGAACAGCGAGACGGAAAGUCGCGAGUCGCAGAAGCGCGAGAAGCGUUGCCUCACAAACGCGGGUUUCAACACGUGAAAUCAAAGGCAUCCCGUUUGACGCGACACAGUGAUAUGAUUCCUUGGUGAUCCGGUGAGAUGCUCGGAUAAAGCAGAGAGGAAAGUUUCCCGCGGACACACCGUCGGAUCGCCGCCACGGGGCUUUCCUCCUCGAUGAGUGUUUCGGAGCGUAUAAAGAGCGUCAAACAGUCGUCUGUCAACAACCGUCGCGACCGCCCCAGUAUUCGGAGAAAUUUUUUUAAUUUCCUAAAAUGAUCACACGGCAUUCGGAUAGAUGUCUAAUCGCUUAAAACAAUGCUCGGAAUUAUUUGUAUAAACGAGUCGAUUUCCGAGGGAUACGCCUAUCUUACUUCCCCUUAUCGCUACAGCUCGUCCAAACGGGCCACGCAACAAUCGCGGCGCUUGGCCUCAGAAUCGUUGAUAUUACGAAGUCUGUGAGGCGCUUCAUCUGAAAAGUUCUCAAAACCAAGUCUUGAAGAGACAAUUCUUUCACAUAUUCUUUUACAUUGCGUGACCCGCCGGACGAACGGUAAAGGAAAGUAAAGGGGGGUAACUCUCAAAAAUUGCCUCAUUUGUACAAGUAAUUCCGAGCACUGGUUCAAGAAAACUGUUCUCAAAUCGCACACGGAGAGAUUUUUCUAAAAUCUCAUGCAAAUUUAUCUUUCUUUCUCUCUUCUAUUUUCUGUUUUAAUUGAGUAAUAUUUCUAAACGGAGAUACUUUCUGGCUAACUCGUUCACGCGAGAUUUCUCGAUUAAUUUCUAGUCAAAAAUACUUCCGAAGCCACCUGCAAAAAUUCCUCGACCGCUUUCCCACGGAAAGCUAACGCAAACUCACUCCGCGAAGAUCCAUCGAGAAGCGGUGUCAAAGGAUGCCGAGGCAGCGACGACGUUCCCGAACGAACGAAAUAGCAAAAGACAUAUUAGCAUUUUUCUUUCUCAGUUCGUACACUCGCGGCGAGCCGGCUAGAACCGGCUUGUGUUUGCCACUACUAUUUCCAUAAAGUAAACAACGAGCGAAAAAUCCCACCCGUUUUUCUGUCCCGUCAUCGUAUUUGGCGCCGUACUCUUUCUUCCGCUUUUCUGUCCGAGCGGAAUAAAUUGCGCGACGAAAAACGGUGUCUCCUUUCCCCUUCUUUGUCUUUUUUUAAUUUUAUUUUACGCAAAGUACACACGCGGAAUACACAAGCGAAUACCGCUCUCGCCGCACUCCCCUUCCUUCCCCUCCUCCACUUUGCAGAUUUGACCCGUUCGCUGAUUAAUUAGCCAUAACCGACCGCGCUCCUCUUACAACGUACGCUUUUGUGUUUUUGUCCUGUAUGUAAAUAUGUAGAUAAUACACACGCAUUCGGCAUACUAUUAAGUUAAUCUCGUCUUGGUUCGCUGCCUACAGAGAUACCAAAUUUAUAUUGGCAAUUCGAGUCCUUCGAUCACAUUUUUCUCAUAUAAUAUCUCACAAGGGGAGAACCAGAGGUAGAAACGUAUUUUUGGAAUGCAGUUUGUUCCAAAUAGUAGUCCUUAUGUCCAUAUUAAGAAUUCCAAAUUCUCCAGAUACCCUUCAUUUUUUUACCAAUUAAAAAAAUUAGAGAUUUCAAUGUCAUCAGAUCAAUACACUACGUGGUAGACCAUCAAUUCGAAAUUGUCACGAUGUGGCUAUAGAAAUUUGAUUACAACACUUAUCAUGUUUAACUGAAGACUCGUAAAAAAACUAUUACAGGCACGCGUUUAUAUAGAAAUACUUGCGUAGUAGAAUAUACUUGCACAAGUCGCUAAAACCUGUGCGAGCACGUUCCAGCAACGCAGUAGAAUUAUACUGUAUAUAUAUUCAGGGUUGCUACAGACUUGAAAAACCAGGAAAAACGGGAAAAGUCAUGGAAUUUAAAUUUGUCAUGGAAAACCGGGAUAUGUCAGGGAAAAAUAUAAAAUAACCUUGAAUUUUGGCCUUUCCUUGACAAUUCUUUGAAAUUAAAAUAAAUAAUAAUAAGAAAUUAAGAUAAAUAAAUAACCCUCCUCUGGGUUAUAAGAGAAGAAUAUACGAUCUCUAAACACUUACUAAACCUAGGGUCAUUAGGGAUUUUAUUAUGAUGUCAAGUUUAUUUUUUUUAUUUUAAUGUUAAAAGUUUAUAGGUAUAGUAUAGGAAUUCAAAUGUUAUUUAAAAAAUAAAUAAAAUUUUCUUAGUUUAUAUUGAAUAUAUAUACAUCUAUGCUAGUCCAUGCAGCAUGAUUGUGUGUUAACAAAAUAAUUAAAAUUUAUAUUUUAUUCAGAGUUUUUUCACUUCAAUCAUCCCUUUUUCGUCUCAUAACUACAUUCUUCUUUCCAAUAUUCAUAUAAUUUUUGUUAACCUGAAUGCAUUUUCAGGAAUAUAUGUUACGAAUAUUAUGUUACUAAACUAAAUUUGUGUUGCUUUUAAUAAUAUAAGCUACUUUUUCUGUAAUCCCUGUUCCUAAACAUUAAAAUUAAAGAUUAUAUGUUGGUUAUGGAAAAUUCCCCACUGUCGUUUGAAAAACAUGUAAAAGUCAGGGAAUUUCAAAAUAGAUUUUCUGUAGCAACCCUGAUAAUAUAUUAGUCACUAUUUCAAAGUUUCGAAUCCAGGCCAUCCUAGUCAAUACUUCUUCCCAAAAUACCAUUGCGACUCUUAUGACUACAGACCGGAACUCGGAACUUCACACACAUUUAUAGACUUUAAGUAUCGAAAUAAAUAUUAAAUUUUAUAAAAACUGUUGUGUGUGGAACACUUUAUUACUUAACUUUUUUGUUCCUUUUUCCUUGAAAUCUAUCACGCUGCUAGUGGUCUAUCGAUCUGAUGACAUUAAAAUUUUUAUGGUUGUUCUAAUUGGUAAAAAGGUAAGGAUUGUUUGAAACUAGAAUGUGGAACUCUUAAUAUGGACAUAAAGGACUACUACUUAGAACAAACCGCAUUCAAAAAGUGUGUUUCUACUUCUAGAAACGUGUCCUUCUCUUGUCAGGAAAAGUAACAUAAUGACAUAAAUUUUCUCAAUUAAAGGAUCCCAUAUAUUUGUUCAUAUUUCAUGGAUGGAGCUGCGCAAGAGAAAAAUUAUUAUUUAAAAAAUCAUUACCGCGUAGGAAUAUCAAUCGUGUGAAAAAUAAUUACUACCAACGGAACAUCUGGCUACAAAUUGACUAAAAACAACCCGAUGAGAUCGAAGUUUUCGAGUGAUCCCAGUAGACAGUGAACGCUGUCGCAGCAUAAGGUAGCGCGUAAGUUAUCAUUUAUUAUUCGCAGUUCACAGUCUGUAAAUAAAUAUAUCUAAAAAUAGUGAAAAAGAGAAAGAGAUGGAGAGAGUGAGAGAAAAAGAAUGUAUGUAUGUGUGUGCGCGCGAAAGGAAAAGGAUGCAAGGGAAGGGAAGGGAAAGAAUUAUUGCGCGAGAAGUAUAACAAAGACAGAAAAGUCGAGACAACAAGACGAAUCGCUCCAGUUUGUUGUUUCUCCGUCGAGGAGAAUACUUUAUUAUUUAUCCGCGAGUAUCGCGAGUAUCUGUCAUUCUUAAUUUUUUUUUAUACUCUUUUUCAUUGCCUUAGAGACAAUUUUAUUUUCUCACGAUGAAAAGGUGGGGUCGAGUUCCAUUAACACCGAAUGUAAUUUUGUAAUUGAACUUAAUCGCGAUGUACGACAUGCCGCUGUAAGUAAACAGCAUUCACCGAGGAACGGGGAUUAUUAUUGAGAGCGUGUAAUCGCCUUCAUAGCGAAUUGGUGGCGCUUACAUUCAUCUCUAAUGUCGACUUUCCACUCGUAGGGUAUCUCGCGCGCGCAGAUGUCCUGAAUAUUCCGUUAGCUGCGACAUUGCCUUGUAGAUUCUUAUCUCGAAUGUCGGAGGAGAGAAAGGAUUUCCCUUAUGGGAAGAGAGAGAGAGAGAAGUCCUCGGGACGAAACAGGGUAGGGGACAGGAAUGAUGUAGAGUGAGAAAAAGAGAGAGAGACAGAAAGAGAAACGAUGUGGAAAAUAAUAAUACCUUCGACCUGUGUAUAUGUGUACGUAUGUGUGUGAAUAUGUGGCGGAGCCGACCACGUUAUUUUUAUUUUACAUCCUCCACAUUCUCAUUGCGUAUACUCCGUUGAUCCUCGCAGAAAUAAUUAUGCCCAAAGCCGCAUCGAGAUAUUUAUUCGACAACUCGCAAGUGCCACAUUGCGCAUGCUAGGAUAGAUAGAAGCAUAUUAACGACUGAUGAAAGACGAAAUCGGUUAAUAUGGAAAUAUCUCUCUCAACGAAGAUAUCGUGCGAGAAGUGAACACACACAGACACACCACAUACGUUUUUCUCUUAUUUUGUUCAUUAUUCUCUGACAGAAUCGUUUUUCUUUUAGAACAUCCGUAGCGGGUACUUUUUUAAUUUUUACAGAAGCAGUAUUGUCAGAACAGAAAGGUCGGCCUUUAGAAGCUCAAACUUAAGCCAAUCUCAUUAGGUCGUAUGUUUUAUUAAAUUACGUUAGAUGUAAGGAUCGAUCGAAAUCGGCUGCGAAUAAAUCACGGAACGAGACGAGUCUCCAGCUGCACAGUCUCGCGUUCUCAUAGCUGACACGGAAUAAUUUUACCCAAGUCUUUCCACCUUAGUCUUUCUAUUCGGAUAAGAGAGGCAUGUUUAUUUUUUAUUUUGAUCGGACAUUAUUUUUUUGAAUUCACGAACCGCCUUAAUGUUUACGUCACCAGUGCUGAAGCAACCGUUGCUUUUAUCUUUUCGCGUUCGAAAUAUUACGAGAGCGCGCCUUUACACAAGUCGCGGUGCACAAAACAGAUAUCUCUCGAGCGAUUUGUACAAUCUUUCCUCGAGUUUCGUUUUCUUUUUUUAUUUUCCCUUUGCGGAAAUUACUUGCAGUUCUCAAAAUCUCAUCAUUAUCUUAUGUCAUUGCUCUCGAAAUUCGCGCUCGCGAAGCUUUAGUCUACUGAUCUACACUUAAAAUCUUUAGGUGAUUUUGUACGAAACGAAUGCUGCGAUUCGACCAAAGCUAAAGCAUUAAUUUUUACGAAUAGUUAAUCGUAACGACUCUUGCACAAAUUAUGCACUCGCACGCAACUCGCGCAUAAGAGAAAAAGAGAGAGAAAAAAAGAGAGAGGAAAAAGAUAGAGAAAAAUAGGGGAGGAUAGAAGCGUCGAAGAAGCGAAUAAACGAGACGAAAAUGCGCCGCAUGGACGAUAUUGUUAACAAUUAUCACCUGGAUCCUCUCCGGUUCUUAUUAUUCGUGUGUUUUAGCGGACAAAUUUAACGUUGCACAACUAAAAAGACGAAUUGCCGAGAGCGAGACAGUGAAUGUGGACAUGUAUAAGCGCGCGUGUGUACACGUAAGUGGGCGAUGCAUGUGAGAGUGAGAAAAAGGAGAGAGAGAGAGAGUGUGUGUGUGUUGUGUGUGUGUAUGUGUGACGGUAUGUGUGCAUAUGUAUGUAUGUGUGCGGGAGUGCACGUGAGAGACUGAGAGAAUGGAAAGAAAGACGAUGCGCAAGUAGCUAUAAGAGAUCACGAGAUGUAAUAUCGAACUGUAAUCGAGUAAAGUUGAUGUUAUUUAAAGUAA